UUCGCUCUUCCCACACACUGUGACAUCCUCCCAUAUCAAUCUACCUCUACCUCGUAUCUCUCUCCCACAACAAGCACAGAACCUUCUUCAUACCUCACCUUCCCUCCUCACAACCCUUUCGACCAACAACCAACCUCAUUACUCCAUCUCACAAACUGGGCCAAAACUCACCUAGUCUCAUCCAACUUUCCAUCUCAUCAUUCCUCAGCUCUUAGCAUAGCCUACUCCUCUCAACCCCAACCUUAUCCCUAUCCUACUCUGACCUUCCCCACAUUCCAUUCCAACCGAACUCAUCACUCUUCAUCCUAUCCCGCCCAACCUCGUCCACUUAUCCCACAUGUACGACCCUUACCGUCGAACUCAACAUGGUCAAUUCGGUAUACCACAAACUCAUCAAGAAAGACAAACACAUGGAUUGUUGAAUAACCCUUCACAUUUAAAUCAAAAUUAUCAAACUGGUUCUUCUCAAUUAUCUCAUUCUCAAAUCCCUUCAAUUCAAAAUCAAUCUCAUCAUGAUCAUCAAACACAACCACAUCCAACACUUCAGAAUCAAAUUCAACAUCCCACACAUCAAACUCAACUUCUCGGACAGACCCAAGGACAUUUAAAUAAUCAAACGCAACUAGGACAAAAUGUGGGUCAAGGAAUAGUACAAAAUUUGAAUCAAGGAAUAGUACAAAACACUUCAUCAUCAAUGAUCAAUCAAAAUACAGGUUUAAACAUGUCAUUAGGAAUGAAUAUGGGAAUG